AUGGGCUUCGCCCUGUGCAGCCAACCGGCGGCGUAUGGGCGUUCUAGGCACCCUGGCCCGGCAUAUGGCUGCGUGGCCCCCGCAGUGGCUGCGCUCUCACGCGCCACGGUCGCGCCACGUCGCCGUGUGACUGCGCCCGCGCCCGCUGGCGCCGCCGCCGCGCAGCCCGGGACAGAGACGCGGAUGAGCCGCAGCUGCGUCGCACGUGCGGGCGCCGUGCAGGACGCGCCCACUGGCUCCGGCGCCGGCGGGGCGGCGGGCGCGCUGCCGCCGCUGCCCCCCCUGGAUG